AUGGCCUCGCACGCCUCUUCACUCGGCUCAAACGCCUCCGUCGUCCCGCUUGCACCUUCAGAUAUUCCUAAUCCACCGCAGAAGCCACUCCCCGAACCCGCCGGACGCUCUGCGACCUGCGACAGACGGCCUACCCCACUAGCUUCUCCCGACACCGAGAUGACUGCGCUCGGCGCAAUGCUGCCAACUCCGCCAGCCUCGCUACCCACUUCAACAAGCCGUCUUGACAUGCACAUCUCGCCGCAGAGCAACGAUGCCGCCCGCGAGUGCGACGUGGCAGAGUCUUCGGCGGAGAGCGAGUCAGCUGAUCGCGACGGAGGCGAGGGAGGCAGGGGAAAUACGCCACCGUUUGCGUUCGACGGCGUCCAAGACGAAGGCGAUCUUGGACUCGGGCGGAGCGGAGAGGAAGGCGAUGUUGGCAUGUCCGACGAAACGACGGCACUUGCGCUUUCCAGUUUGGCUCAACCUCCGACUCCGCCUUCUGGCCCGUUCAGUACCUCAGCCCCCAUCACCCGCUCAUUUCGGGCUCGCUAUGCGUCCUCGUCCACUGGAUCUAUCCCUCUCGCCGAGAGCGACCCAACUUCACACGUCGCACACAAGCGCAGGCACUCCAACGUCUCGCCCUCGACUGGUCUGACGCCGCCAGCUUCGUACGACUUUGACACCGAUGUCGGCAUGUUCUCGCCACCGAGUCUCUCUCUUGACCUGACUCUUCCGCGAGACGAGCCACGCGAUGGCGAUGCCUGGCUGCGACGGGCGGAAGAGGGCAUAGUCGAGCCGACUCGCAGGCCGUCACUUGCGAUGCGCUGGCGAAGCUCGUUCUCGCACGACCAGGACCGUGCACAACCAACGACGAGCACAUCGGCGGUAUCGGCUACUGCGCCGGCGACGUCCGCUCACGGUGGACGGUUCUCCUCGAUGAGCCUCCUCCGGCGACGCACAAGACCGCCAACGUCUACCGAAGCGCCUCCGAUUGCCGCACCUCCCGCACAAGCACCGACCGCCCAACUCGAUCGUGAGCGAGGCGGCAGCAAGCGACGCAGGUCAAGCACGCUCCUGUCGGAGGACUCUGCCGAUAAUCGUCGCAGCACCCGAAUCGCCCCAUGGCUCGGCAACUUUAGCAUCUCCGCCAACUCGAGCUCCCGCGCACCCGCUGAGCCCGUCCUCUCACGUUCCAACAGUUCCAACGUCGAGUCGUCCGGCCACAGCGACUUCCGCACGAUCGGCCGCCGCGCAAGGCUCAGCUUGAACUGGCUCGGCAACUCGCCUUCACGGGAGGAACGGCAGCCUCCGUUCGCGGCUCUGCAAGACCCGGCGCCAAUGUCGCCGCCAAGCGCGUCUCGCGAGGUCUUCCCUCUCGUCCGCAACCCGAUCUUUACUCGCCCUGUCGACAGCCCGUCGACUCAUCUCGACUCGACUUCCGCAUCUUCAGUCGACCUCCUCGAGCAUUCGAGUCGAAUGACGCUGCACGCAAGGCGAUCGAGCGACCUCUCGACCCGUGGCGAAGGACUUCUGAGGGAAGCGGCGAGCGUCUUGCGGCGGGCGGACGAGACGUUCGGGCGGGCGUCGCAGGAGAUCCGAAGGACCGAGGCGUCGAGGGAGCGCGACAGGGAGAGGCGCGUCGCAGAACGGUUGCCGAGUGUUGGAGGGUUACCCAUGCCGGAGGAAGCGCUGGGCGGACGACCAGUUGUCGGCGUGCGUCUGGGCGAAGGCUGGCUCCCUCGGCCGACCCAUGCGACGGCAUCGACCUUCGAGGCGCCUCAGUCGCCGCCAUCGUCGCAGCCUCCACCCGUUCGCCGUCGCCGGUUCAGCUUUUCCUCGCCGCUCAGUUCGCCGAACCCGUCCAUCCAGGAGCCGCAAAGUCCGGACGGCGCCUCGACUUCCUCCUCGUCGGCCUCGAAUCGGGCGAGACAGUUUAUCACGCAGCUCCGCGCUCGCCGCCCUCGCCUCUCGCGCAACUCGACGGCCGUCUCGCCGCCUGAAGAUGGACUAGUAGGCGAAUCUCGCCUCAGCCUCGCCAGGACCGAUUCUUCGACUACCACCCUGCGCAGCUGGACACUUCCGUCCCCACCACUCGUCUCAGGUUUGGUCGGAUCCAGCUUCGACGAAGACUUCGAGGCAGCCGAAGCAGCACGACUGAACCGUCACCUUCUCGAACGUCGCCGUGUCGUCCAGGAUCUUGACUUGCGCCCGUCUGCUCCGCUCGCUUCGCCGCCUCACGGAACGACUUCGCAAGCUCAGCCCUCGUCUUCGCUCUGGGGAGAGCCCGGAUCGCCGCAAGCCUCGUCGCACCGCGGCUUCCGCCGCCUCCGCGGACCGACUGAGCGCGCCAACGAGCGGUGGAGGCGCGGCGAACAGCCUCUCUCAACGGCGAGCCUUACGACCCCGACGACCUCAGCGACAGGCCCCUUCCUCUCGCCCUGGCGUCGCCAGUCUACCAUUGCGCCGACUACACCUGCUGUCACGACUGUGCGACCGAGCCCUCCCGCUCUCGACGACGGCAUCUCUCGCGGGACAGCCGACGCCUUCUUCCGGCGCCGAGAGGAGAGUCCGAGUCCGCGAAGCAGGAGGAUGCGCAACGACAUCGACGGCAUGAUGUCGACUCGCGCGCUCAACGCCGCCGAAGAAGGUGCAGCGGGCGAGUCGACAACUCCGGCACGCUUUGCUCCCCCUCUCGGACGACCUGCGUUCCGCCUCCCUCAGCCCAACUCCUCUCGCUCGUCGUCUCGCCCGCGCGUUCUCUUCGAUGAGCCCGACGAGGCGCCUCCCUCCGACUGGCUCGCCGCACCGAUGGGCCCGUUCAUGCUGCCCAGCGGGAGCGAAGGCCGCCGAGUCGUCUUCCCGCACCCGGCAAACCCAGCCGGAGCUUCGGACAGGACGGAGACGUCGUACGCACGCGAUGAGCCGCUUGCGAGCGAGGCGAUGGACCGACAAAGGUCAGGAGCGUCGUUAACUCGGUUCGGUCCGGAUCACCUCUUCGAGCUGAGUUCGCCUCGCGAUGACGAGCCUGCUCGCCUUUCGACAUGGUCUCGCGCGCGCAUGCCUUGGGACGAACCGGUGCCGCGGCGCACACCCGGCUCUCGCUUCAACCCGUUCGGCGACUUCGCUCCGCCUGCCGCCUCCGACGACUCCGCCCAAGCUCCAGCCCCUUCCGCCAACGAGCGAUACCCGAACUCCCGCAUUCCGCCCCGACGUUCCUCCCUCGCCGACGCCCUCGCUCACUUUGGGACUCGCGCCAGCUCCGACGGCACUUCUCGCUCCACCUUGUCCGGCGACGCCGUCCUGCGUCGGCGACAUGCGGGCACCGGCACGCUGGCAAAUGCCGUCGACACCUCUUUUCCGACGGGACAGCCGGAGACAGGGACGGUCGAAGACCGCCUCGCCCAGCAUCGUCAAAGCCGCUUCGAGCGCCUCCAAGCUCUUCGUCGCGAACGUAACGCCAUGCGCGCCCUGCUCAGCGGUACUUCGCCUCCCGACUCGGCGCCAGCAGGGUGGUCCGAAGCUGCGAGUGAGCCUGCUAGUCUGCCUCGCUCGCCAGGCUGGAGGCGCGCCGGCUUGGCCAACUUCUUGCGCGGUCUCGGAGGACGCGGAUUCAUCUCGAUCUUUGACGACGACUUCGCGUCGUUCUGGGGCCGCGACUCGGCGGCACUUGACUCGAGGAACUACGUCGACGACGAUGAGUUCGACACCUCGUACGAAGCCCUGAUCCGCCUGUCUGAGCGACUUGGAGACGCCAAGCCGCGCGGGAUGUCCGCCGAGAAGCUCGCCGCGCUCCGCAGGUUCAAGUACACCGAGUGGCCGAUGCCUGAGCGCUCCUCAACGUCGACGCCGCUUCCCGUCGCCAGCACGAGCGCGACCAAGAUGGACGAAGACGUGCCAGCCUUCGCUCGUCGCGGACUCGAGAAGGAGGAGCGCUGCGCGAUCUGCCUCGACGACUAUGCGGACGACGACGACUGCAUGCUCGGUCGUUGCGGCCACGGCUUCCACGAAGACUGCCUCACGCUUGCCUUGAAGGAGAAGGGAACUUGCCCUGUCUGCCGUCACGACCACACUGUCGACCGCCCGGCAGCCAUGUAA